UAGAUUAUCACAAAUUUUAAAAUAUCAUGGAUCUACGUAGGUUUUCUUCAGGAGGAGGAGAUGUGGACUGUAUGAACUUACAUCAACAAUUUAUAGUGAACUAUUAUAAUCUGCCAAUCGUUGGAAAUAGCAACGCCAGGUAUUUGCAUCCAGAACUUACACGAGCUGUACAACAUCAAUUUGAGGAAGAAAUUCGUCUGAUUCAUCUUCGGUUGCGGCGUUUAAUGCAUAUUCCCGAUACAGCAUUUAAGCCAGAUCUACCAAAUGAGCUCCAUAUACGUCCUUUCAUUCCUAUGGUCUUUACUUCAGAGUACAGUCGAAUACACCGGCCUUUACACUUAAGGUUCCAAAAGCGACUUGACGCUUUAGUCAAGAAAUGCUACCGAGAUAAGUGUGUUCAGUUAAGUAUCGAAAUUGAGAGUAGAAUGAAGAUAACGUAUGUACUUGCGACUACUAUGGCUGUCGGAUUAGGUUACUUGCUCUGGUAUGGUUACACUAAAAUUCGAAAUCUAAUUUUGUAAUCAAAGUUCUUGAAAUUAACAACAUCUAUUAUUAAGUAGUCCUUCGUUAUUACGGGUAUUUGUUUGACAAUGACUCACAUUGUUUCGGUAAUUUAUCUCAAAUUAUUUUAUUUUUUAUUCAUUUAAAAAAUAAAAUAAUUUGUGAAUAUUUUGUUGAGCUGAGAGUCACACUUAUGUGUACAAAUUUUCAUUGAAUGAACAAUUUUAUUUCA